GUUCGUGCAACUGACUCUCAGCUACCUCCCUUGAUCAGCCAGGCAGCAGCAACAUGUCCAACAGUGCAAAGGACAAUCCCGUCAUCUUCCAGGCCUUCGAAUGGCACACUCGAUCGCACCCUCCGCCCCCGCACGAAACUUCCUCUCCAUCCUCCCACUGGUCUCGUCUGACCCGUCUCCUCCCCACCCUCCACUCCUUCGGCAUCACCGCUCUCUGGCUCCCGCCCGGCUGUAAAGCCAACUCUCCCACUGGCAACGGCUACGACUGCUACGACAUCUGGGAUCUCGGUGAAUUCGACCAAAAGUGGGCUCGAAGCACGAAAUGGGGCUGUCGCGAAGAACUGAAUCUCCUCAUCCGCACCGCGAAGAGUCUGGGGGUCGAAAUCGUGUGGGAUGCCGUGUUGAACCACAAGACAGCGGGGGAUCGUGUCGAGGAGACGUGGGCUGUGGAGGUCGACCCUCAGGAUCGGAGGAUAGAGGUCACGGAACCGAGGAAGAUUGAGGCUUGGUUGAGGUAUGAUUUUCCAGGGAGGGGAGAAAGAUAUAGUGGGUUGAAAUGGGGGGCGGAGCAUUUCAGCGGGACGGAUUGGGAUCAGAGGAGGGAGAGGAAUGCCAUUUACAAGUUGAUUGAUGAUCCAAUGAGGACUGUGAAUGCUUCACUUCCUCCUCCUAUACCGCCUAGACCGGGAAAGGAACACAAUAACCAUCAUCAGGGUUUCAACAUGUCUCGUUUCGCUCGCUUUGCCAAAGAUACCAUUCAAAAACAUACCGCUCUGCCUAUGUGGAAAACAAUCUCACAGCGCCCGGGCAAAGGCUGGCUCCCGGAUGUAUCACGCACGCUUGGGAACUAUGACUACUUACUGUUUUCCAACAUUUACUACCUCCACCCUGCCGUCCGGUCGGACAUUCUGAAUUGGGGAAAAUGGAUGCUCGAAGAAGUUGGAAUCGACGGAGGUUUUCGUCUCGAUGCCGCUCAACAUUUCAGCUGGAAUUUCACGCGCGAAUGGAUUGAGCAGAUCCAGGAGACAAGUCGACGACAGUAUGGAGGAAGGGAAAUGAUGGUCGUUGGGGAGGUCUUGACGCAUCACGUGGGGGAUAUCAUACAGUGGUUGGAUUGCGUUACACCUCCUUCAUCAUCAUCAUCAUCAUCAUCAUCAUCAGAAGGACGAGGAAAUGGAAACAGAAGAUUAGCCUACGCCUUCGACACCCCUUUAAUGUACUCCUUCUCCCGCGUCUCACAAGAUGUCCAUCACAACAGCCCCAACGCAGACUUGCGAACUCUCCUCGCCGGCCCUUCUCCGCCUCCUGGCAAAAGGUCCGCAGAAGGUGGUCAUCAUCAUCAUCAUCAUCAUCAUCCGGGACAAGCCCUCGUCUCCCUCCGCCCGCAUCAGAGCCUCACCUUUGUCACUUCCCACGACACGCAAACCGGCCAAGACGCAUACGUCCCCAUGCGGCAAGAUCUCAAAGCGCUCUGGUACGCUUUCAUCUUGCUUCGCGAAGGUGGUGUACCGAUCGUGUUUUGGGGAGAUCUCUAUGGGAUUGCAGGCGAUCCUCAGAAGGGGGAACGAGCACCUGCCGAAUUACCGAGUUGCCGUCGUCGCCGUGCUGGAAAAUUGGGGGGAGCCGGAGGCGGAGGGAGCAGUAAGUCACUCUUGCCGGUGAUUAUGUUGGCGCGCAAGCACUUUGCACAUGGAUCUCAACAGGAUUAUUUCGAUGCGGCCGGUUGUAUUGGUUGGGUGAGAUAUGGUGUUGUUGGUGGUGGUGAUGGUGGCGGAUGUGCAGUCAUCUUAUCGAUCCUCCCGGCAUCGACAUGGACAAUCAAGAAAAUGUUUGUGGGACGCGCGCAUCGAGGAGAGAGAUGGGUGGAUUGUUUGAGUGAACGUGCCGAAGGAAGGGCGGAAUGCGUGAUUGACGAGGACGGGUGUGGAGUCUUUGCGUGUCCUGGGGAAGGGGUUUGUGUGUAUGUCAAGGAAACGGAACCGGUGAGGAGAGGUUGGGAGUUUGAUGUGGAUGUCUAUCGACACUAGCUUUAGGGAGAAGUGUGACAGGCAAAAAGAGGGAGAGGGAGAGAGAGAGGGAGGAGGUACGAUGAAUGUUGUUGCAAGACGG